CAUUGUUACAGAGUGUUUUCCCAGCUGGUCUGGCUCAGGAGGUCGGGGGUACCACCAGUGUUAGAGAACACCGUUGCACUUUUGCUCUUUGCAAUCUUAUAUUUGUAGCAUAUCUUUUAAAAAGAUGUCUUUUUCUUGUGAUCAUUCCCUGGACGGCAGUUUCCCUCCCUCUCCAGCGGAGGACAGGGGUUCAAAGCGGCUGUCCUGGGGCAGCCUGCUACAGAGGCUGACCGAGCUGAAGGGGAUCAAUCAGAGGGUCACAGCGGAUCAGUGCUGCAGGAGUGAAACUGGAUCUCUGGCAGACAUGUCCUUAUCAGAGUCAGACAGCAGUUUCUUCUGUGAUCCCCUGGAGGAGACCUUAGCUACAGAAGUUGUAGCAACCAUCACACAAAGCCUGAACAGCGCGUCCCACAUCCUGGACUGCUCCAAACUCAUUCUACCCGACUGUCUGCUACACAGUAUCAGCCAGGAGCUGCUCCAUCUGGCUGUGUGCGAGCCCUGCGGUCUCAGAGGAGCAGUCAUCGACCUGUGUGUAGACCGGGGGGACCAGGGCCCUCUAUGUACUGUGGACCAAAUAGCAGUGGAUGCCACCCUAGUGCCAACCUUCCAUGUGACCCUGGUGCUGAGGCUUGAGUCCGGUGGACUGUGGCCAAAGGUUCAGAAGCUCUUCAAGGGGAGCAGGUCCCCGCAGACAUCCACAACCUCCCUGGGGCACAGAAACACUCUGAGACUGAGCACAAGCUUCAGGGCUAUUAAGAGGAAACUGUAUUGUUCAGGGGAGCUGCUGAUUGAGGAGUGCUGCUGACCAAGCACCCCUUGCCCUGAUAAGCUAAAAUGAAUUCAUGAGGACUGUGAAAAGAAGCAACACGCAUGUCAAAUGGCUCUGAAACUACAGCUACGUGUCUGUUGACAUAUCCAAAGUUUUCCUUGGAACCAGCUUAUGUCUCAUGGCAGCUAUCCACCUGGUUACAGGUGACUCAACAGUGAAGAUUCAUGUUUAAACAUGGGUCGGUUUCUUUCCUAUGAAUGUGAAGUCGCACCCUUCAGGGAAUGGCUUAUAUAUUUGAUAGUCAAAUAUUGUCACCUGGAACUUGUGUGUUUUGUAUUUUUGAAUACUUGAAGAACAUUAAAAAAUAAAUUAUUUUCUAUUA